UUAAAGGACUUUUAUUCAAUAUUAAAACUUCAAAUGGAGCUACUCUUGUUAUAAUCACUCAUCUUCCAAGACAUGAGAACCAAGAGUAUGACUGUUGCAAAAACGAAGCACGAGCUACCCCCCAAAAAAAACAGAAUCUCUUCCGAUUUUGACAAUAAUAUAUUCUUAGAACAGAGUGGAUACAAAAAGCAUUUGCAAGGAGUGUAAAUAGGAGAUUGGAUUUCUACUGUUUUUUAAAUUUUUUUUCCGACUGAAAAUGGGAUUGGCUGCACAUAACAUUGGGAAAUACAAGCUUGGCCGGACAAUCGGAGAAGGUACUUUUGCUAAGGUUAAGCUAGGUGUUGACAGCACCAAUGGCCAGUAUGUUGCAAUCAAGAUCAUUGACAAGCACAUGGUCUUGGAAAGCAAUCUCAAGUAUCAGGUGCAAAGAGAAAUAAGAACAAUGAAGCUUCUGCAUCACCCCAACAUCGUACGAAUACAUGAGGUCAUUGGUUCAAAGACAAAAAUCUAUAUUGUAAUGGAACAUGUAUCAGGAGGACAGCUCACAGACAAGAUGUCUUAUGUCAAGAAGCUAGAGGAAUGGGAGGCAAGAAAACUUUUUCAGCAAUUGAUUGAUGCGGUGGACUAUUGCCAUAACAAAGGGGUAUAUCACAGAGAUCUAAAGCCAGAAAACUUGCUUAUGGAUCAUAAGGGAAAUCUGAAAGUAUCUGAUUUUGGACUAAGUGCGUUGCAAAAGCCUGGUGGCAUCCUAACUACAGCCUGUGGCUCCCCAUGCUAUGUAGCACCCGAGCUGCUUCUAAAUAAGGGUUAUAAUGGAGCAGCUGCUGAUGUUUGGUCUUGUGGGGUAAUCCUGUUUGAAAUACUUGCUGGUCAUCUACCAUUUGAUGACCGAAACCUGAUAAAUUUGUAUAAGAAGAUAUCCAGAGCAGAAUACACAUUUCCACUAUGGUUUACCAAAGGCCAAAAGAAACUGCUCUUCAGAAUAUUUGAUCCAAAUCCUAGAAUGCGGAUAACUAUACCAGAGAUCAUAGAAGAUGAAUGGUUUCAAAAAGAUUAUGUGCCUGCUUGUGGAUAUGAAAUCGACGAUAAAAUCCACUUGGAUGAUGUUAAUGCUGCUUUUGAUUCAAUUGAGGAGAUUGCCACAGAGACAAAGAUUCCCAAAUCCUCAAGUUUCAUAAAUGCUUUUCAGUUGAUAGCCAUGUCACAAGAUCUUGAUUUAUCAGGUCUCUUUGAAGAGCAGGAUGAAAAUAAACAGAAAAAAAUGUUUGGAUCCAAGCAUACAAUUGAUGAAACCAUAAAGAAAAUAGAAGCUGCUGCAAUGGACGUGAGCCUAUCAGUAGAAAGAAGGAACAACUCUAAGAUGAAGAUGCAUGCCAAACAGAAAAUGACUAGAUGUUGUAGAUCAUGCCUCGACAUCUCAGCAGAGGUGAUUGAGGUUGCUCCCACUGAUUGUGUCAUAGAAAUAUCAAAAUCUGCAGGGGAGCUAAAAGUGUACAAAGAGUUCUGCAAAAGUUUAUCAAGUCUGCUGAUAGAGAAGUCUGAGCUUCCAUCACAAACUGAAGAAACAGAAGAAGCCAAUGUUGAUACCAAAAAUAUCCAAGAGAGUGGAAGCUCUGAAGAAAAAAAUUACAAAGAAAAUAAAGAUCCCUGAGCCUAUUUGUCCUGUUGUUGAUUAGCUAGUCCUUGUCUCAACAAUCUUCAAUCCAGGUUCCUUAUUCUAAAAGAAAGAUGUAAAGCAACGUAAAUACAACCAAUGCUUUCAAGUGAAUGGUUCCAAAGAAACACUGCAUAUGAUUCAGGUUUAUGUAUUCAUUAUAGUGCCGAAACUAUGAUUUUCAGAGAGCUAUUUGCUUGCUUCAAAUUGUCUGUUGUUUUUUCCUUUUCAUUUCUACUUGUAAUACAGGUAUCUUACUCAAAGAUGUACAUUAGAGAGGUGAUAAUUCUUCACAACAAUUUUUGUUGUACAAUAAAUGAAAAAAAAAGGAAAUUUGUCAGGUGAGUGUCUACAAA